AUGAAGCUCUCGCUUGCCCUUUUCUCCUCCGUUUUCUGUGAUACUCUUCCUUACGACACGCAAUGCACAUCAAUCGGUGGUACUUGUACUGAUUACAGAUAUCUAACUUGCAUUGCCGGAUAUGCAACAGGAAAGUGCAACGGCGAUAACAACAGAAAAUGCUGUCUGCCUUGUGAUACUAGUUGUCAAUUAAAGGAAGAAAGCGACAGUUUGAACGACGGAAAGUGUACUUCCGCCGGCGGCGAGUGCAAGCACAACACAAACUAUUGCAAUGGAUAUUACUCGUCUGGUCUUUGCGGUGGCGGAUCAGCUCGGCAAUGUUGUAAAACGGGCUCAACAAACUGCGAGUUGCUCACUUAUUCGAACACGUGGGUGAAAGGAUACAAUGGACUCACAGUCAAGAUUGAUCAGGGAUUCAAAUCCGCCAUGGACACAAUGAACAAUUACGCGGGACAGUGCGGUGUGACUGUUUAUGUUACUCAUGCAUUCAGAAAAGAAGGACAAGAGAUCGGAGGUACAGUUGUGCCACCAGCAAGCCACAGCAACCAUUUGACUGGCCAUGCAAUUGACAUGAAUCUGGACACUCCGAGAGGCUGGUGCAAUAGCUCUUGCUUGGCUGCCGAGUCGAACACCAAUGCCAAAUGCUUCACUGAUAAGAUUAUUGCAAACGCUGGUUUGCGGUGGGGCCAGAGUUUUAACGACCCAGUCCACAUUGACGAUAAUCUAUGGUACUCGAAUUCGAACACUUGGACUGAUCUUUACUACAAACAUCAAAAUUCUUGUUCUUAG